AUGUAAUUAUAAUUUGUUUAUUUUGUUAAUGCAUAUAAUAUAAAGAACCCUUUCUUUCUUGCUCACUAUCACACACAGACAGUCUGGUCGGCAACGAAGCUUCACUGAUUUAUAUCGUUUUUAGGGUGUGUGAGUGUGUCGGGUACUGUGAUUAUACAUACAAAAAUUAAUAUUUUUAUAUAUAUCAUCAAUAUAUACGUAUGUAUUUGUUCUCACAUAUAUAUAUAUAGGCAAACUUCUCAUUUCACACUUUGAACCUACUCUUCUUCUUCACACACCCGUUUCUUUACCAGAAAGAUUCUCCAGGCUUUGAUUUUAAUUUUCAGGGAAUUUUGAUAAAUUCCUGUCCUGGUAGAAUUUUGGUGUCCUUUUCUCUGAAUUUACGGUCAUGUUUCCUGAAAAUGCUUCUGUUUGUUUAGACUAGAAGAGAAGAGAAGAGAAGAGAAGAGAAGACCCUUUUGUUGGUGUAUGUGUUGAAGCUUUCUGGGUACUCUAGUUAUUCAGUAUUCGAUUUUUUGAGUUUAGAGUGUCGAGGCCUUUUGUAUUUAGCUAAAGAUGAUUAGAGUAAUGGAUUCUGGAAGAGAACCAAUGAGGAGGGAUUUUGAAAAGUGUUUGGAUCCCCAGUUAUGGCACGCAUGUGCUGGUCCUCUGGUUCAAAUGCCUUCCAUUAACUCUAAGGUCAUUUACUUUCCUCAAGGCCACGUUGAACAUGCCCAAGGGAAUGUGGAUUUUGGGAAUUCUAGAAUUCCUUCACACGUUCUUUGUAGGGUAUCUGCCAUUAAAUUCAUGGCGGAUCCUGAAACGGAUGAGGUUUAUGCAAAAAUGGGGUUGACUCCUUUAAGGGACAACAGUAAUUUUGAUGUUGAGGAUGAAGGGUAUCUAGGAAACAAUGGAAUUGAGAAUUCUGAGAAACCCAAAUCUUUUGCCAAGACUUUAACACAAUCUGAUGCUAACAAUGGGGGUGGUUUUUCUGUCCCUCGUUACUGUGCUGAGACUAUCUUUCCACCUUUGGAUUUUUCAGCUGUGCCUCCUGUUCAGAACAUUCUGGCUAAGGAUGUUCAUGGUGAGACUUGGAGGUUUAGACAUAUCUAUAGAGGUACCCCUCGCCGGCACCUUUUGACUACCGGUUGGAGUAAUUUUGUGAACCAAAAGAAGCUUGUUGCUGGUGAUUCAAUUGUGUUUUUGAGGGCUGAUAAUGGUGAUCUCUGUGUUGGAAUAAGGAGGGCUAAGAAGGGGAUUGGUUGUGGACAUGAGUACCCUUAUGCUUGGAAUCCUUUAGCUGGAAACUAUGGUUCUCAAUAUGAGAAUAGUAGAGUGGUGCCAAAACCAGGUAUGAGAGAUGCAAGGGGAAAAGUGAAAGUUGAAUCUGUUGUUGAAGCUGCAACUCUUGCAGCUAGAGGACAACCAUUUGAAGUAGUGUACUAUCCGCGGGCAAGCACCCCGGAGUUUUGUGUUAGAGCCCCGGCUGUAACGGCUGCAAUGCAAAUCAGGUGGUGCUCAGGGAUGCGGUUCAAGAUGCCCUUUGAGACUGAGGAUUCUUCUCGAAUAAGCUGGUUCAUGGGUACUAUUUCUAAUGCCCAGAUUGAGGAUCCAAUCCGUUGGCCUGAUUCUCCUUGGCGUCUUUUACAGGUGACAUGGGACGAACCAGAUUUACUACAGAAUGUGAAAUGUGUUAAUCCGUGGUUGGUCGAACUGGUCUCAAGCAUGCCCAUGCAUGUCUCUCCAUUCUCACCACCAAGAAAGAAGAUGCGGCUUCCACAGAACCCAGAUUUUGCUCUAGUUAGCCAUCCUAUGCCAUUACUUCCCACCAACUUCCUCAACAGCCCCUUCCAUUGUAUUCAAGACAACAUUCCUGCAGGCAUACAGGGAGCCAGGCAUGCUCAAUUUGGGCCAUAUCCAGUGGACCUCCACCGAAAUGAACUGCAGCCGGGAAUGCUUCCACUUGGUCUUCGGAAGUUGGAUAUCUCUGAUCCUCUUAAAAAUCCAAGUGGUGGUUUCAUGAAAAACACCGAGAACAGUGAGAAUAUUUCUUGCUGGCUAAAAAUGGGGCAUCCCAAUCAAAGUUUGAAGGCAAAUGAGGAAACAAAGACACCUCAGUUGUUAUUGUUUGGACAGGUUAUACUGACUGAAGAACAACUCUCAAAGAGUUCCUCUGGUGAAAACAGUUCAUCUGAGGGGAAUUUAGACAAGACAGCAAAUCAUUCUGAUAAUGGCUCUGGUUCAACAGUGAACUCAUCUGAUGGAAGGUCACCCUGGUACAAGUUUCAUCAUGAUGGGAGAAGUGAUCAACUUCAUGGUCAGGAGACUGGUCACUGCAAGGUGUUCAUUGAAUCGGAUGAUGUGGGAAGAACCCUUGAUCUCUCUCUUCUUGGUUCAUAUCAAGAACUGUACAGAAAGCUAGGUGACAUGUUUGGUAUAGAACAGGUUUCAGGGCUUUUUAAAAAUCUUCUAUACCUGGACGCAACAGGUUCUGUUAAACAAACCGGAGAGGAACCCUUCAGGUAUUAUCUUAUUCAUAACUUAUUAGUAUAUGAUCUUCUUUCAGAUUUACAUUAUUGAGUCCUCAUUGUGAUGGUUCUAAUAAUUUUGCAUUUGUGUUGUUUCUUUUGUGGCAGUGAGUUUUUGAAGUCAGUAAGAAGGCUAACCAUCCUCACGGAUCCCAGGCAGUGAAACUUUAGGAACAUAUGAGAAACUCUCCUUUGAAUUGUACAGCUGAAAUGACUUAAAAAGUCUUUAUAAUUUCAUGUUUUUUUUUUAUUCCACAACAAAAAUUUGUGGGAUAAGAUUGACUUGUUUCAUUUUGGAUAUUGAUGAUUUAAUUUCCCAGAAAACAAAGUUCAUAUGUUUUUUCUUUAAACAACUUCCUGUCUCUAAUGUUUUGUGUUAUGUAAAUACUUUAUGUUCUGUUAACACAAAAAGAACCAAACUAGCCUUGUAAUUUAA